GACAUGCUCUGGAUUUAGGAAACUAACGGCAGACUGGAGGAGGGAGCACUGAGCAGCACUUUAUACUUUGAGAGAUCUUCUUUGGACUUUAUUUUGCCAAACUGAUCGAUGGACAAAUCCAUUUUGUGGGGGCGGUAUCUAUGACAAAAGUCUAUGUUUUCAGAUCAUGCCACGUUUGCCUGUGAUGGGCUGAGCAGCACAUCCUCCCACUCGUGCUGUCCCCCGGCCCGCCCCAGUAUGCUGGACUGACGUCUGAGGAAUGGCAUCGGCUGUGUUUGAAGGCACGUCGCUGGUCAACAUGUUUGUCCGAGACUGUUGGGUCAACGGGAUCCGCAGACUGAUCAUCAGCCAGCGGGGAGAGGAAGAGGAGUUCUUCGAGAUAAGGACGGAGUGGUCUGACAGGAACAUUUUAUACUUGCAUCGGAGUUAUUCCGAUCUGGGGCGGCUGUUUAGGAGACUGCUGGAGUCCUUUCCUGAGGACAUAAGAGACCUCUCCAAGUCUCCGCUCAUAGAAGGGCUGGUGAAAAUCAAAGAGGCCAACGACAUUGAGGAGAAAUUGAAUGAGGUCGAAAGACUACUGAAGAAUGCCAUCAACAUGCCAUGCAAGUAUGCAAGGUCAGAGGUGAUGUUGACUUUCUUUGAGCGAUCGCCGCUGGACCAGGUGCUGAGGAACGACAAAGUCCACAGAAUCCAGCCAUGCUUUCAGAGUCCAAUCACAAUAUCAGAAAUCAUGCAGUCCAAUGGAUUCUGUCUGGCCAAUACAGAAACCAUUGUGUUUGAUCACAGUCUCCCUGAAGAAAAAGAGAGACCCUCAUCCACAGACUCAGUGGAACAUACGUAUGAGGAUGGAACAGAGUUUUUGUCGAUGGAAGCAGAUUUGUGUGAUGAGGACACAGAAGCAUAUGUCACCAACCUUUCCUACUACCAUCUGGUUCCAUUUGAAACAGACAUCCUGGAAUGAACUACCUGUUGAUAGACAUCUGAUCAUUGAGGAAUAUGUACUCUUAAAUGGAACCUGGGCUAUGCAACGCUGCACAUAGCUGCUCCAAGUGAAUGCUGCUUAUCCUUUCAAACGGUAGACUUUCUCGUAGCGGAUUUUUGAGUCGGCAGAAAAAAUAUUGGAAGAAAUGCCACUUUGUCCGCUUUAAGCAUCACCAGUGUGCCUCAUUCAGUGUGUCAAGAAGAAACAUGACAGGAUUGUCUUUAUUCUGGCUUCAGGUGUUGUAACACAACCUGUGGCAGCAACAAUGGUGGUCCUUCAGUCCCGAGGCAGAUGCUAACAGCUGGAGAGGUUUCAAAAUGUGCAGCUGGACGACUUCAAAAGGAUUCCCCAAAUACAUCAUUGUAUGGGGUUUGGAAUGUGUGACUGAAACCUGAGCAGACAUCGCCACACAGCAACCACAUUUAGAAAAAAGUACAGUAUUGGACCCUUUGCUGUUACUUAAAAAUGUAGCUGAAUCAACCAGCAGUUUGUUUUUCUAUCUCAGUUGUUUUAUCUUUUUGCCAGGAUAUAUGUGACUGAUCUUCAGAGACUAUUGUCUUAUUUAAAUUGCUCCCGGAUGUGUUUUCUCAGUUUUAACCAGUUUUGUUUUUCUUGUGGGAGUAAGCUUUGUGUAUGAUAUGUGUUUAUGCCAACAGCGUUUAGGGACUUUUUUCGUUUAUUAAAUACCAGUUUAAAAUGAAUUAUGUGAUUUCUGUUCAGAUGCUGUUAUAUGGAGUUCUUUGGCCUGAGAGGAUAAAAUAAUAUAAUUCAUAGGUGCAUAUUUCGUCUAACUAAAGCAUUUCUGUUAAUUAAAAAAACGUGCUGGUAAAUUAAGGAAUAUAAAAUAAUAUUAAUUGUCAUAUUUUUGUUACAACUUUCCAAAGUGACAACUUAAGGCUGCCUUUUUGGAUUUCUGUGAGGUUAUUUUAUGAAGGUUUAUCUGAAUAAUAAGUUGUAAUGUGUGUUUGUAAAUUGUUUUGUCACGUUGCUGAUUUUAUGUUAAUAAAUAAAUAAUUAUAUGUAUCAGAGCGGUGAAUGAGUGUUGCCAUUAUGUGGACAACUCAAUCAUGUCACUGCUGGUGUUGCCAUGUGAUGAGUGAUGACAUGGGGCAAAGAAAGCUUUGUUUCAUAGGUCACUUGUGGUCAUAUGCACCGUUCUGUAAGAUGACGUGUGUGGGUUCAGUCGGAAAGCUGACUGCAGUCUUUCUGAAUGUGGGAGUUUACAGCUCGGUCUGCAAUGGAGGAACAAGUCCUUUCUUUAUCUUAAGAACACAAACAACCUUGCUGUACUAAGGCUUUGGAUAGAAAAGUUGUGUCAAGUGAUCAAACACUUGAUACAAAAUCAUGUUUUUUGUAUGUUUUAUUUAACUGUGGAGCUUUAUUUGUGUUUAAUGCAAAUUAGUGUGUAUAUUUGUGUAGGGUUAGCUGUAAGGAAGCCCAUCUAUAUUCAUUGUUUUGUCAGUGCAGAAGUCAUUGUGGCUUAACAAUGUGGGCUAACAGCUUGGGUCCACCCUCUUGCCCCUCUAAAUACAAAAAGCAUUCAACCCUCACAAACUUGGCACACAGGGCUUCAACAGGACGGUCCUCCACAUGAGUCUAUUUAGUAACACAGUCAUGACCACCAUUCCCCCCAUGAGAAAGUACAGCUCUUUCUCACGGGGGGGAAACUAUUUCACGCUUCUUUUUGGUUCUCUCUUUUUCCCAAGAAUGACAUUUUGAGUUGGCGGAUGUUCUUUAGAUAUAUAAAAUGUCUGUUGAAAAGUUCCACCACACAUAAUGGUGUAGAUUAAUAUGAUACAAUAAAAAUAAACCGGAAUCUCCGAUAUAAAUGUUACCAAUGUUCUCUCUUUUCAAGAACUGCUUGAUGUUUAUUCAAUGAUGCAUUAUUUCAUAUUAAAGUUAAAAUA